AUGGCACCAAAAGGCGGAGGCGGUCAUGGAGGCGGUGGGCGUAGCAGCUCAGGAGGAAGUUCAUUCUCCUCCGGGAGCUCAAGUCCUUGGCUUCGAAAGACAGAAACCCUUGGCUCGGGUUUCCACGAUGGCCUUUCUGUCGCACUGAUCGUCUUUGCGAUCAUCUUCUUCAUCGUCCUUGUAGGCAUCAAGUUUUGGGCAGCGUCAAAAAAGAAAACCUUCAAAAAUGUCGAGGUCGGGAAGCGUGUGAUGAACACAAUUGCUUGGAGCCCUGCCGUAUGGUUUGGAAUAAUCUACUACGCUUUCGAAUUCACGUCAGGCAUCAUCGAAGAGAACCAAACCGUAGUGGCCACCGUCUACUACCUAAUACGCUUCAUCAUCCUCAGUCUGGGUUUCUUAGCUGAAAUAUUCCUACUGGUGGCAGUAUAUGCCCUACUCAAUCAAUUGUUCCUCCAUCCGAAUGGACCGAGUGACGCCAAAGCCUCCCUCAAGCGCAAGGUCUUUAUCAUACAUAUGUUGGUCUGUGCUAUUUUAACGGCGCUGUACAUCGCCUUUUUCGCCUACGGUAUCAAGAUAGUCAUCGACGCCGUGAACCAUUCUUCGGGCAGGUAUCUCAGUUAUGGCGUUAACUCUGAUGACUCAAAUACACAAAACAACAUUGAUUUGGCUUAUGAGGCUAUCUACUUUGUUUGUAGUGUGGAGAUAUUUGUCGCAAGCAUAUUCCUCCUCAUAACUGCUUCAAAGCGAGGGUUUCCGCAGAAGGUCGCUGCCUUCUUCGUCGGACUCGUAGCGUUCCCUCUUUUCGUCCGCACAAUCUUUAUCCUCGCCUUCACCGUUGUGUUGACGGAGACUUCCUCUGGAAUCUCUAGCCCGGCGAUUGGGGCGGAGAGCUUCAUUGUAGGGUUAAUGAACAUGCUGACGUACGCCGGUAUCGUCGUGGUUUGCAGUCAAUUAGUCGAGCUAGCUCAGAAACCUUGGGGUGCCGCUCCACCGAACAGUCAGCCUGCCCCAAUGGUGCAAAAUGGGACUAUGCCUCCUCAGCAGUACGCUGCUGCGCAGCCGUACCCACAACAACCAGUCUACGGAGCUCCGCAGCAGUACCCUGCAAACUCUACAAGUCCGCAGCAAUACGGAGCGCCUCAGCAGUAUUCAUCCCCUCCAUCUACGGUGUACACACCGCCUCCUGGUCAACAACCGGCCCCACAGCACUACUCUCCGCCUCCUCAGCAGGUGUACCAACCACCGCCGCAACAACUGCAGGGACAGCCACUCUAUGGCGCUCCGCAGGAAGUCAAGCCUCACAACACCAUGGCUCAAGCUUAUGAAAUGCCACAUGCUCGCAGUUAA